AUGCCUGCUGUUGGACAGGUCUUUGUGGAAGACCUAAGCGAGGUCUUUGUGGAUGCCAACAUCCACAUUUACCUUCCUCCUGCUGCCCAGGAGUCCCUGCCCCGUCCUCUGCCUAUGUUGGCACCUCGGGUGUACAUGACUGUCCCGUACGGGACUACUGGAAAUGUUCGCCUUGAACACCCGCAAGAAAUUGAAGGGUUCUACAUCCAGGCAGCGGGAGAGAAUGUCGCGCGGGUCUCCCAGGUGAGCAUGGGUUGUGAGCAGUGUGAUGCUGCAUGCGGAGAAGAGGGAUCUCGGCAGAUUCCCUUCUUUACAAUUCCUCCCAAGAUGAUCGGGAGCCCACCCCUCCUCCGAAGGAUGACACUCCUCGUCCUGGAGAACGUGCUGGGACUCGGGCCCAUGCGCGGAAGUUGGCACUUGAGGCUGCGCAAAGAAAUGGUAGUAGGAAUGCAGUUUAAGUAG